AUGUUUGAACCCAUCUUUUCUUUCUUUGGAGGACUUGCAUCCAAAGCAAAAUCAAAGAUUAUAGAAAAAACAUUACAACCAAUCAUUGACUAUAAUUUUGAAAACAUUUUUGAAUAAAAUAUUGCAAUAAAAGAUUUAAAUAAAGGAAUUACAAAUGUUAAAUUAAACACAAAAUAUUUAAAUGGAAUGAUGAAAACAAAUACCUUAAAAGAAUUCUCCAUUAGUAUUUAAAUCUUAUUUAACAGUAGAAUUUAUAAAGCUUGAAAAAUUGCAAUUACAAGUGAGUGAUGUUGACCUAACCUUGGAUUUAAAUACUUACAUUAAAUAAGAAGAAGCCUUAGAAUCAUUAGAAGUUGAAGAUAUAAUGAAUAAAAGUAUUCAAAAAUAAAUAGAGCAACUAAAAAGUGAAUUUUUGGUAUUAAUUAUUAUUCAAUUUAGAAUUAAAACGAGGACGCCUUUCUUUAAGAAGAAAUAAUAAAUCCAACUCAAUAAAAUGAAACAAAACAACCUUCAUCUAAAAUAGUUUAGAUUUUAAGAAUAAUUGACAGCAUUUUUGGGAAUAUUAAGAUAGAUAUUAAAAAUUUAAGGGUAAAAUUUACGGGUAAAAUAAAACCUGACACAGAAUCUAAUUUAUCUUUUCAAAUCAAUAAAAUUGAUUGCACUAUGCAAAAGCCCUAAAACAGCAAUUAAAUUCUUUUUUUAGCAUUUGUUGAUUAAAUAAAACUUUAUCUCAAUGAAAAUAAAUAAAUAGGGUAAAUAAACAAUGCUGUAAAAUUAGAAGUCUUUUUAACUUAAAAUACAGAACCAAAAAUAAAAAUUUAAGCUGAACAUCUUCAAAUAGUUGUGUCCCUGAAUUAAAUCGAUUAAAUUUCUUACUUAUUGGCUUAGAGCGCAUAAGUUUUGGAAUAAAGGUAAAAUGUCAUUAAUGAAGUUUUAAAACUAAGCUCGAAUAACUAAUAGGCAGGAAAUCCUAAUAAUGAAUAAUAAGAACAAUAAAGAGAAACUAUAAAUUUAAAUAAAUAUAUGUUAGUAGAGUACUUUAAGAAAUCAUAUAAUUAGAAGUAUAAAUUCAUAUAAGAAAUUGACGAGAGCAGAAUUAUUGUUUAGAAUAUUUCAGAUUCUAAAAUUUAAGAUUACUGUUCAUCAGUUAAACAAUUGAAUCAAUAAUAAGAAUUUUUGAACUUUUCAUUUUUAGGUUUAACUGUGUAUAUAACUUCUACUGAGGUUGAUCAAGAAUUUAAUUAUUAAUAGCAAUACUUUAAGGUUAAUUUAGAAAAAUAUUACUCAGUUUCAUUUUAUGAUAUAAGAGCAAUUAAAAAUAACAAUAAAUUAAAUAUAUUUAUUAAUUCUGCAUUAAUUUAUGAAUUAUAAAAAUUAGACCCUAGAUUCAAAAGUAUAAAUUAGUCAGUUUAGUAAGUGGAAUAAGAUUUUGAUAUCAUUGGAGAUUAAAAGUGUUUAUGCAAGAUUAUCUUGAAAACAGGAAAAGAUUAGUACUCUAGUUCGGAUUUAUUUAAGGAUGGUUGUGAAAUUCUAAUUGAAGAGCCAACUAUAUUUUUAUCUUAAAUUCAAUUUGUUAGUCCGAUUAAACUAGAGAUUAUAGAUUAAACCAUUAAUAUGGAUAUGGCACCUUUUAACUUGAUUAUAGACUAAAAUUAACUUAAAUUUAUUAUGAGCAUUGUUGAUAUUAUAAACGAUAAUUAACCUAAAACUAAAAGUCAAAAUAUAUCCAAGACCAAAUUUCAACUAUCCAAAACCAAAUUUUCUGCCUAUUAUCAUGUUAAUGAAUCUUAGUCAAUUAUCAGUAGUACUCUGCAACCUGGAAGUGAAGAUUAUGUGGAAUUAACAUUUCUUGAUUUUUUCAUUACAACUCCAGAGGAUGAUAAAUAACAAUCCUCACCAUAUUAAUAUAAAAAUUAAUUCAAAUUUGGAUGUCCAAGGAUUUGUGGAGUUGAUAAUUAAAUAUUAAUAAACAAUUUGAGUGGUUAUUUUGGAUCAUUACUCAAAAUUUCUACUUAAACUUUAAUGUAAUUGGAUGAAUAAAAUAAACCAUAAAUACUUAAAUACUUGAAAGAAUGCAAAUAAAGGUAAGGUUUACAUUUUGAAUUGGAAUUGGAGAGUGUUCAUAUAAAACACGAUUCCUUAGAUAAUGUCUAUACGAUGAUUGCCUAGUUAAACUAAGUAUUUAAUGGUAAUUAGAAAAAACAAUAAAACAAUUAGAAAAAAUAAUAAAAUAUUUAUUUUUCAACUAAAAUCAAAACCAUAGAAGCUAUAAUAUAUGAUACUUUAAUUUUGCGUUUGAAGUAGCUCAAAUAUUAUUUCACUAUUGAUUACCAUUUUGUGUUAUUAGAAGAUUUAAAUGCUUCUUAUAAUAACAACCCGUAAUUGUUGUUGCAGAAUUAAUUUUAAGAUAAAUGGGUAUUCAGUCUAGUAAUGAAAUAAAAUAUAAUCAAUCUUGAGUUCUCAGCUCUCAAAUUAAACUUACUAGAUUUCAAUUUUAAAGUAUUAAGCUCUUGUUUAAUAAGAUUGAUAAAGUCGGUCUUAUUGAUGAAUCCUCCUUAAUAACCAUAAGGCGAAAAAAAAUAAAUUUUUACCUCCUUGAAAUAAAUAAUGGUUGAUGCUUUGCCUUUCUACAAUGAAGAAAUUAUCCUAUAGAAAAAAAGACAAGCUAAAAUAAGAUAUUCAAAAGAAUAAUAUCCAUCUUGGACAAGAUCAAUUUUGAUAAUUAAUAACACUCUUAUUACGGAUGACUUGAUUCAAAUUGAGGAAAUUUAGCAUUAUUUUAAGAAUAAUAAUACUGCUAAUCGAAAUGAUGAAUUAAUAAAUUUAAAUCAAUACUAGAAAAUUGGACAGAUUCAAAAGAUUGAAUUACAAAAUAAUAAAGUUAUGAAAAUCAAUUCUAUUCAGUUUUUCAACAUUUCUAAAUAGAUAGUAGUAAAUCUCAUAGAUCACUUUGAGCACAUAGCUAAAGAUUUUAAAAAGAAUUAGGUUAAUGAGAAGAAAAAUUAUGAGAAAAUAGAUAAAAUUGAAAUGAAAGCAACAAUUUUCGAAAUAUUCUGCGAUUAAUUAAUUCUGACAACUGAAUCUCAAUCUUUUGAAUUAAACUUACAAUGCAUUUAAUGUAUUUUGGGAGAUAAGUGUUGUCAUUUGAAAUUGGGUAGAGCCUAUAUAUUAGAUUUGCAUUAGUAGAGUAAAUUUAAGUAUAUACUUGAUGAAGAAGACUUGAAUGAGUUUGAAGAAACCCAAAAUGGUUUAAUAAAGGAGAGUCCAUUUUUAGAUUUAUUAAUGUAAUUCGAUCAAAAUAGCCUUGUAUUGAAAUUAUAAUUAAGACCUGUAAGGAUUUGUUUAUCGGGAUAUUAAUUUCAAAUAUUACUAAAAUCUUUCUCAAAAAAGGAUAAGGUAGAAAAUACUAUAUUUGCCAAUAAUGAUGAUGAUGAAUCUUUUGAAAUUAUAGAAUAAGAAGAGCCUUUUAAUUUACAAGUUGAAUUAUUCCCAAUCUAAUUUAUAAUUUCAUUUGACUCAGAAGGUUUGGAUGCUGAGGGAUUUAAAACCUAAGUCUUAAAACUUGGAUCAUUCAAUAAUUUAAUAUUAGCAACUAAUCAGGUCUUACUCUUUUAUUAGUAAAAUUAAACCUCAAAAAAAGAUUUCAUUUAAUUUUUAAUGAGUUAAUAAUUAUCUACUUUUAGAAUCAUAUUUUAAGCAUACAAUACUCUUGACAUAACUAAAGUUGCUAGUUCAUUUACGGAUGGCAUAGUUAAUAUGUUUAGUAAACCCUUUAUUUCAAACAAUGGCUUUGUAAUAAAUAAUAAGAUAUUUAGUUAUAUGGUUUAAUUGAGGGAAGCUAUGAUUUUACUUGCGGGGUCACAUCAGCUUUAUUAUAGUUAACAGCCUUACCUGCUAGUGCUUUAAAUAAUGUUGCGAAUUAUAUUGGAUUUGGAGCGAUUUCUAUUCCGUUCUCUUAAUUGGAAGACUUUUGUAAAAAAUUGUAUUAUAAAGUAAAAUUUAAAUUUAAAUUAGAUUAACCCACAAAAAGGAAUCCCAAUUAGGUUUUUCAAAGAUAAAUACUAAUGA